AUGGCUCCCAGCCGACGACAUAUUGGAGCAAGUCGCAGACAGAGGCGAGAUGACGAAGGCGAAGAUGAGAGCUCUCAGAUUGGCGAACUAGAAGACGACUCAUCGAGCGAGGGCUCGAUUGGCAGUCACCAUGACGAUGACGACGAUGCUGAAGGAGACGUCAGCGAUGUCGAUGAAGAAGUCUCAGAAAAGGUGGCCGCGGAUGAUGUUGAGAAUGGAAAGGCUAGCGACGGGGAUGCAAACCAGGCUCGAAAGCAAGCUUCUGCACCGGCGAGGAAGCCGGGACUGAAAAUGACUGUCUCAGACACAGAAGCGAUGUUGAAUGGCUUGAAAAUGUCUGAUGAUGGCGAUGCGGUUCACUUCGACGAGAUGGUGGAACAACGGGAUCCUCAAAUGGGCCGAACACCUUCAGCGCCACCUCCAGACUCCAAGCGGGAACCUUUGACUGCGAAGAAGCGCCGAGAGCAUGAGAAAUAUUCAAAGGAGCGAGAACAGAACCCGGCAUUUGUACCCACGCGAGGAAGCUUCUUUCUUCACGAUAAGCGUACCUCAGAGUCCGGAUCAAACAACCACCGCCCCUUCAACAAGGGCAAGUCGAAACCUGUCGGCUUGAUUGUGGAUGGGAACUCUCGCAAAAACUCGACAGCAAAGGCCGAUGCAAGCGAAGGGCAAUGGACGCACGACCUCCACGAAACAGUGGCAGACGACAAUCUACCUCGCAAGCAGGGAACCGCAGCGACUGGACACAAUCCACCUCUACAUCACGUCCCAACCGCGCCUCGAUCCGAGCCUCCAAACCGCACUUUCUCCAGCACCACAUUGAUAGGCAAUGUUCCAGUUGUCGUAUUCUUACCCGGCAUGUCACAGUCAAAACAAUUCCCUGCAAUCCCCAAGAAACAACACACUCGUCUGCCUGAACAUCGUCCUCCUUUGCGCCGCGACAAACCAGUUCGCAUUUCGCUUCCUGGCCAGUCCCCACGCUACAUUUAUCCGUCCAUUGAGCGUUCAUUUAUAUUUAUACCCCGUGCCUUCCGACCCAAUCAACAGAGCUACCGCGGGCGAGGUCGUGGUGGUGGUUUUUAUACUGGUCGAAGAUCCAGCUACUACACCGCAUACACUCCUAGUGUACUCAGUGUCAGCCGGCGAUCUUCUCUGGGAAUGUCUGUCUCGCAAGACGGUUACCCUUCCCCAGCAGGUUCGGUCUACUCUCGCCCUGCGAUGGUAGUUCCAGACGUCAACAAGCCCGUUGUUCGAUUGCCACCUUCCUCUCGUCCACCUCAUGUCGUGCCCCCUGCCGCUCUGGGCGUGGGACAUCCAGCAGGCCCCAUGCCACCCGUCCCGUUUGCUCACCCAGCUUAUCGUGAGAGUCGUCCAGCGCCUAUCCCCAUGCACCAACCGCGACCUCAGAAGACAGUGUCCGUAGCCGACAUCGAAAGUCCUGCUAGCUUCCCCUUCAAUCCUCCACAACCGCAGCAGGAGCAACCUUUUCAUCAUCAGGUGCCUCUUACCAUCUCUGGCUCUGGCCCCGAGCAUCUUCAACAAGGUCCACCAAGUCAACUCUCCAAGACCCCCCUUUCGCAGAUACCCGAGCGGGCAAUUCAUGCUCAGCCCUUCCAACCUUAUGGCUACCAGGCACCAGGAUUCUACCCCGGAUACCACCCAGGUCCUGUUUACUACCCUGGAUCUGGGAUGGAAUAUCCGCCUUACAACGGGCCGAUGGGUCCUGGCAUUUCAGUGCCGAGCUACCCAUCUGGCCCGCAGCCCAUGCCAUAUAUGGUCCCUCCUCCACCGGCAGAUCAAAGCUCACAACCCGGGACUGUUGCACAUGAAUCCAAUGGCACUGUCUACUUCUACGAUGCCAAUCAGAUGUACACCGAUGCCAAUUAUGGUGCUCAGGGUCAGAGCCAAGCUGCGGGCGGGGUGGUUGGCAUGGGCGGUAUGAUGACGCCUCCUGGUACCACUUUCUACUACCCCCAUCCUCCUGGCGCUAACAGUGGAGCAUACUACGGGCCUCAGUAG